UCACAACUCAUCGCCACACCACUCCGAACUCCCACGCGUAACUGAUUUACCAUAAGAAAGUAUCUUUCUUAUGCCGAGUGCACUCAGUUCAUUACCAUCACAGAGACAUGCCCCUUUCAGUUGCAGCUGCUGCUUCUUCUGCUUCUUCUUCUCAAGCACCGGCCACUCAUCGAUACGAUGUCUUCAUCAGCUUUAGAGGGGAGGACACGCGUAAAGGAUUCCUCAGCCAUCUUCAAGCCGCUCUCCGCCAAAACCAAAUAAAAACAUUCAGAGACGACGGCAUGGAGAAAGGAGGUGUCAUCUGGGACGAACUUCUUCACGCCAUCAGAAACGCAAACUUGUUUCUUGUUAUCUUCUCCGAAAACUAUGCAUCCUCUAGGUGGUGCUUGAAAGAGCUGGUGGAGAUCAUGGAACGCAAGAACAAUAAAAAUGUAGUGAUUCCAGUGUUCUACGGAAUAGAGCCCACACAUGUUCGCAAGCAGGGUGGAAGUUACCGCAGAGCUUUUGAUAAGCAUGAGAGAUCUUCGGAGGACCGUUGCCAUGUGCAACAAUGGAGGACUGCACUCACUCAUGCUGCCAAUCUUUCUGGCAUCCCCUUUCAUGACCACAGGGAUGAUGAAGCGAAGCUAAUUAGUGACAUUGUAAAAGUAAUUUUGCCACAUUGUCUGAAGAACAAGUGCUUCAUAGAUGGACUCAACAGACCUUUUAUUUGUAACGCAAACUAUAUCCGCGUUGAAUCUUUGAUGAGACGCAAGAUGGAAAAGGUUCUUGUGAUUGGAAUUUGGGGUAUGGGCGGUAUUGGUAAGUCAACCAUUGCUCAGGCUCUCUUCAAUAAGUACUCUUCUGAAUAUGAAGGCUCUUGCUUCUUGUCAAAUUCAAGAGAAUUAGAAAACCCAUGUCUCAGUGACAUAUGCAGCAGACUUCUUUCCCAAUUAUUAAACCAAGAUCUUCAUACUACCAAUAUUGGAGUACUAGACCCUCGCAUUUUAAGUAAACUCGAGCAGAAGAGGGCUUUGAUUGUACUGGAUGAUGUGGUUAAUUCGCCAAUUGCAACUGAUUUGGUUCCAGGUUUGCGUACUUGCCUAUGUUCUGGUAGCAUAGUCAUUUUGACAACAAGGGACAGGAGCGUGCUUACAAGUGGAGGAGUUGAACAAAUUCAUGAAAUCAAGCAAAUGAGUAAUGGAGACUCCUAUAAACUUUUUAGCCAAUAUGCCUUUUCUGACCCCCAUCCCAAAGCAGGGUAUGGUGAGCUAACAGCUAGAGCCAUAGAUUAUGCUAACGGCAUUCCAUUGGCUUUGAAAAUUUUGGGAUCAUUUUUUCGCGGCAAAAAUGUAGCUGAAUGGGAUAGUGCACUGAAAAAAUUAUGGAGGUAUCCCAAUGCAGAUAUUCAGAAAGCGUUGAGGUUGAGUUAUGAUGCAUUAGAUGAUGAUGAAAAAAACAUCCUUUUAGAUGUUGCAUGCUUUUUCCACGGGCAUAAAAUGGAGGAAAUAACAAGAAUAUUAAAUUCUUGUGAUUUCUUUGCAGAUAUAGGGAUAAAAAGCCUAUUGGACAAGUCUCUUGUAAGUAUUUAUUCAAAUGGUAAUGAUAAAUAUAUCCAAAUGCAUAGUUUGAUACAGGAAAUGUGUUGGAAAAUCAUUUAUGAAGAAUAUAGCAAAAAUGGUGGUCAACAAAGAAGAUUGUGGUUUACCGAAGAAGUCUGCGAUAUUUUCCAAGAUGAAAGAGAUAUUCAUGGAGUUGAAAGCAUGAUUGUGAAUAUGAAUGAAAUUACAAUAGAUCCACGUAUAAUCAUCAUUGCAUUAAGGAGGAUGCCAAAGUUAAGGUUACUUGCUUUAGGAGGAAAUGUCAACAUGAAUCUUGAAUGGAACAGAGUGCUUGUAGAGGAUUUUCAACUUCCUAAUGACUUAAGGUAUAUUGAGUGGAAUAACUGCCCACUUAACUUUGUGCCGCCUAUUUGUUGGCCUCAAAAACUUGUUCAGCUUUCUAUGCGAGAUAGCAAUGUUGAAAAACUUUGGGAUACACCACAGAAUUUACCAAAUUUGGAGUUUAUUGACCUCCAGGGCUGCAAACGCUUGAUAGAGUGCCCAAAUUUAGCAGGUAACACGAAUCUCAAAUCAAUAUUACUCUCUGGCUGUGAAAGCUUACAAGAUGUUCAUCCAUCUAUUUUCUCUCUCCCCAAGAUUGAAAAACUAUAUGUGAGCUAUUGCACAUCGUUAAAGAGACUUUGCAGUGACUAUUGUUCUCCCUCUCUCCAUAGCUUGUCGGCCAUUUAUUGCUCCAAUUUGGAAGAGUUCUCAAUCCCCAUGAUGACUCAUCAUUCCGAAAUCAACCUAUGUUUACCAUCAACGGCUUUGAAUGAAGUGCCAUCUACUAUUAUGCAUCUCAAAAAUCUUGAGUGUUUUUUUUCUAACAUCAGUUACUCUCUUGAGAAACUUCCUCAAAACUUUGCCUCCAAAAUUGCACUCAUGGAUCCAAUAAAACAUGAAGAUGACACAUGCAUCAUCUUAAGUAGAAUAUUGCCCACCCCUGCCUUCUUGUCUCUCAAGGAAUUAAUUUUCUUCGAAUGUAAGAGGUUGUCUAAACUCCCAAACAACAUUCAUGUCUUACAAUCAUUACAAGUAUUACAACUGCGAAGUUGUCAUGUCAUUACAAGUUUGCCAAAAAGCAUUAAAAAUCUUCAACAGCUCUUACAUCUUCAGAUCGUUGAUUGUGUAAUGCUUCAAUACAUUCCUCCACUUCCCCCAUCAAUUAUAUACUUUCAAGCAGAAAACUGCAAAUCUUUGGAGGCAGUCUCAAGUUUAACAAGUGAACCACCCAGAGAAUACUAUGCAUGGUUUAUAUUCCAUAACUGCACAAAGUUGGAUGAUGAUGCAUAUGAAGCCGUUUUGAAAGACUUGAAAUCCAAGAUACAACUUGUGGUAAAUAAUGAUGGAUAUCUGCAUAAUGAAGCAAACAAUGGUAAUAUAUUCUUCUUAUAUUAUUUACCAAGUAAAGAGAGCAUAAUUAAUGACUGGUUUCCUGACUACUGUAGAGAAGCUUCGAUCACUAUUGAAGUUGCUUCAGAUCACAAGAUUUCUUCUUGUCUUGUUGUCUGCAUCUUGAUUUCUAAAUACUCAUCAUGCAUCCUUACCGGGAAAGAAGUGAUAUUUAGAUGGGAAUGCUACUUGGGAAAGGGUUGCAACGAAUGGGAAUGGAUAGCAACUAUUGCCAAGAGGGUAGUCUUGGUCACCUAUGUUCCCGAUGUUUGGAUUCCUCAAUGGGAAACAUUAUCAGAUCAUAAGGUAGUGUGGUAUGAUGGAGAGUGUUCCAACAAGAUAACAGAAGCAAUCAAAGAGAGAAAGAGGGACAGCAGUUGUAAUACUAUGCUUAAAUUUGAGUUCUAUGCAAAUACAGAAGAUAAUGAGGAAGUAGUGAUAAAGGGGUGUGGGAUCCGUUGGAUGCAUGUCCAUGUCAAUCAUGAUGGAGAGAUUACUCCAGAUGCCACUCAUGAGGGCUAUGAAUCUCAUGACGUUGAGAGAAGAACAUAUCAUAUGAGAACUCCAUCCAACAAGAAAAGCUUCUCUGGGAAACACCUGUACUUCCUUUUGUUUAUUAUUGUUGUAGCAGUUAUCUAUUUGGUCACUUUAUAGCACACUUUCUCUGAGAACAUACC